AUGGCCAAAGCUAACGCCCGGAUCCUCGCCCUCUUCGACGUCGAUGGCACGCUCACGGCCGCCCGCAAGGUGGUCACGCCGGAGGUGACGGCCCGCAUCGCCAAGCUCAAGUCGCAGAUCACGAUCGGCGUCGUCGGUGGCUCGGACCUCGUCAAGCAAAAGGAGCAGCUCGGCGAGAACGCUAGUGACGGAAGCGUUCGACUACAGCUUCUCGGCUACCACAACGGCAAGCUCAUCAACAAGACGAGCUUGAAGGAAUUCCUUGGCAACGACAAGCUCAACAAGUUUAUCAACUUUACGCUGCUCUACAUUGCGAACCUCGACAUCCCGAUCAAGCGUGGCACGUUCAUCGAGUUCCGCCAGGGCAUGCUCAACGUGUCGCCGAUCGGCCGCAACUGCUCGCAGGAAGAGCGCGACGACUUUGAGCAGUACGACCACAUCCACCAGGUCCGGUCGAAGAUGGUCAACGUGCUCCGCACGCAAUUCCCCGAGUACAACCUUACGUACUCGAUUGGCGGCCAGAUCUCGUUUGACGUCUUCCCCGUCGGCUGGGACAAGACGUACUGCCUCCGCUUCUUGAGCGCGUCGGACUAUGACGAGAUCCACUUUUUCGGCGACAAGACCCACCUCGGCGGCAACGACUACGAGAUCUUUGUCCAUGACCGCACGAUCGGCCACGCAGUCAAGAGCCCCGCCGACACGCUGCGCUUGCUCGACGAGCUCUUCCCGUUGAAGUAA